AUGAGUUCCACAAAUGCAAAUGUUGAUAGGCUUAGCCUUUUGCCAGAUGUGCUUCUUGCACACAUACUCUCUUCAAUGCCUACAAAAUCAGCAGUGGGAACAAGCAUCUUAUCCAAAAGAUGGAAAUCCUGCUGGACAUUGGUCCAUAGCUUUGACUUCCAUUACAUUGACCACAUCCCUAAUUCUGAUACGUUUUUGAGUUUUGUAGAUCGGGUGUUGAAGCUUUGUAAAACAUCCCAAGUUAAAUUAUUCCGAUUACACUGUUCUGAAUCUUUGAUUGGAAACACAAACGUACCAAAGUGGAUUAAUGAAGCGGUUAAGCUAAACGUAUGUGAGCUUGACAUACAAGUUAUCAUACGCGAGUUGCCACUUAGUCUGUUUACUUGCAAGACACUCACCACAUUAAGAUUAGCCAUUGGUGGUUGUGAUUCAGAUGUUCUUAAUGUUCCAACUAUUCCAUCUGGAGUCACACUUCCUUGUUUGAAAACCCUUGACAUCCGUGUGUUUAAUGAACCUUUUGUGAAUGUAUGCAAACUCAUUUACGCAUGUCCAAUACUUGAAAGUUUAAGUUUAUCUCUAGAAAAACGAAGAUGGCGUGAAGACAACCAAGAGUAUAGUUUCAAUAUUCCUACUUUGAAGCGAUUUGAACUAAGAACACCAAGAUGCACAUCAAGUAUUAGCAAGGUUGUUUUGAAUGUCCCUAAUGUUGAAUACCUUAUUCUUGGUGGGUUCUUGUCUUCGGUUUUUUUGAUGGAGGAUUUGAUGUCUCUUGUUGAGGCAACUGUUCGUAUUCUGAAGUCGAAUAUAAGCAUUUGGUGA